AGUCGUCUUGUUUUUUAUGUGUCGUGCGUGCCUCCGUUCUAAAUUUCUGUGAUGGGAGUCUUGCAAAAGAUUGCUUUGCUAUUGACCCUUGGCACUGUAACCUUUGCAAUUCGGUGGCAUUACAUCGGUCGACUCUAUCGGACCAGAAGAAAUUUCGCGAAUCGCGAGUUGAUUGUUAUCACCGGUGCAACUUCGGGCAUUGGGUUGGCCGUGGUCAGUGAACUAGUAUCACAAGCCUGCCAUUUGGUGCUGGGUUGUCGGAACCAAGCAGCCGGCCUUAAACUUCGCGAGGAUUUGAAGGAUCAAUUUGGCAGCGAUAUUGUUGUGGAUAUUUUUGACUUGGAUCUGAACUGCUUGAAGAGCGUCGCUGCGUUCGUGAAGCAAGUGAAUGCCUUGCAAAAACCUAUAUACGCUCUGGUGAAUAACGCCGGAGUAUUCUAUGCACCACCUGCGUUAACUGUGGAUGGGCUUGAACAAACUUUCCAGGUGAAUUUCUUGAGCCACUAUCUCAUAACGGUUUUGCUAUUACCCAGACUGAAACAAUUUCCUGGCAACAGUCGGGUCAUAAACGUGUCCUCUAAGGCACAUCAAGCCGUGGAAAGAUUUCCAGAUUUGGAGUUACAUCGAGACUUUGAAGAUCUACCUAGCAAUCGGUUCAGAGCGUAUCAGUACAGUAAAUUUAGCUUGGUGCUUUUUGCGCACAAACUCUCAUCGAUAUUGGCGGAUUCAACCGUGUCCAUUCACUGUGUAGAUCCCGGAAACGUUGAGACGAACAUCUACAGGAAUUUUCCACCCUUGGCGAAUAAGGCAUUGUUUUACUUACAAAAGCCACUGAGAAUACUGUUGAUUAAAACAUCUCGCGAAGGAGCUCAAGGAAUUCUGUACGCGAUACUUUCCGAGGAAGUUCCCAGAUUCUACAUCACGAAGCAUUACUUCAACGCAAACGAGAGCCACGAGGUAAAUCCUCGAAUCUACAAUCCCAUUUUAGGAGAUACGCUAUGGACAUUGAGUCGCCAAUUGUGCCGCGGACAUCUGCUCGAAAUGAGCUAGUUCCUAAAGUAUGGACAGACGAUGUUAGAGGACUGCGCAAAGAAUUGAUCAAUUUUCGUUUCAUGUCGAUGACUAAGCCUUCCGAACUGGCCCGCUGCCU